AUGGCCGCUCUGUUCCGCGUCAAGGCCCUCUACGACUACACCUCCCCACACGAGGACGACCUCAACUUCGACGCCGGCCAAGUCAUCACCGUCACAGAAGAGGAGGACGAUGACUGGUACGGCGGUGCAUACACAGAUUCCGACGGCAACAAGCGCGAAGGCAUCUUCCCUCGUAACUUUGUAGAAAAGAUCGAGCCGGCCGCCCCGCCUCGUCCCACGAGGACCAGAACCAAGAAGGAGGAGCCUGAGGCGACAGCUGCUGCUCCCGCGCCUGCUCCUGCGCCUGCUCCUGCGCCUGCUCCUGCGCCUGCUCCUGCGCCUGCUCCUGCUGCUGUGACGCAAUCUCAGCCAGAGCCCGAUGCGACAAGAGAAGAGGAUCGGCAACGGCCUCAGCUGGAGCAGUCUGCCGAGGCCGAGCAACAGAGCCCUGCCCAGCCAGCAGCUCCCGAGCCCCCAGCUCCAGUACCGGACCUUGCUGCCGCCACGAAGCCCGUUGAAGAGUCUACAGCUCCUACUCCCAAGAGGACCGAGCCGGUUGCUGUUCCAGCUCCUAAGGCGAAGGCUGCGAGCCCGUCCCCGCCCGUGUCCGAUAAACCACCCAGCAAUUCCUUCAAGGACCGCAUAGCAGCCUUUAACAAAUCGACCGCGCCGCCUGUCGCGCCAUUCAAGCCUAGCGGACUAAGCACCAGUGCGGGCAGCAGCGGCGGCGGCGCUAGCUUCAUAAAAAAGCCCUUCGUUGCUGCUCCUCCUAGCCGCAACGCUUACGUUCCGCCCCCGCAACACGCGCCAGUGUCCAAGGUCUAUCGACGGGACGAAGAUCCCGAGAUUCGAGAAAAAGAAGCCGAGAACAAGGUUCAAGCAGAGAAGGCUGGGCUGGUGCCUCACGGCGAGGCAGAGCAAGAGGGCGAAGACGGCGAGGACCAGCCUAAACCCACCACGCUCAAGGAGCGUAUCGCUUUGCUCCAGCAGCAACAGAGGGAGCAGGCACAACGACACGCAGACUCCGCUGCCAAGAAGGAAAAGCCAAAGAAGCCGGCAAAGAAGCCCGAGCCUGUACCAGUUCCCCCGACCGCGGCCGGGGAAGCUGAGGACGAGGAUGUCGCAACAGCCGUCUUGUCACCUCCCGCUCGCACAUCAACCGAAGAGUCAACCGCUUCGGGAACAUCGACCGAUGAGGCUCGAGCGUACGAGCCGCCGCCAACUCGCCGCAAGUCCACCACCAGGCCGCCUGUGCCUCAAGCACACGAUGGGAAUGAAGCUGAUGUGUCGGGUGCUGGCGACACCACUGAGGGUCAUGAUGAGACUACGGAGCGGGAAGACAACGAAGAGCCGGUUGGACAGCCGACGAGACCACAAGUACCGCCUGCCUCCGCUCCAAGCGUACCUCCACGGCAAUCGCUAGAGGCACAGCGUGGACAGACUGCUGAUGACGAAAAGGAAGCUAAUGAAGAGGAAAAGGCAGAGGAGGAGGAAGAAGAAGAAGAAGAAGAAGAAGAAGACGUGGAUCCCGAAGUCAAGCGUAGAGAAGAGCUGCGUGCACGUAUGGCCAAGAUGAGUGGUGGCAUGGGAUUCGGUGGCAUGUUCGGCGGGUCUAUGCCUGGUGCUGCCCCGGCUCCGAAAAAGAAAAAGCCAGCGACUACGCCCAAGACCGAAUCGACCCCGAUCGUCGAAGACGAGGAGGAGCCCAUGUCUCCCUCAGCUGCCCCGCCAGUACCUACGAUGAUGGCCAUGCCUGGGAUGGGCGGUCCAAGGAAGUCAGAGGACACACCACGGCCAGUCGAGGAUGAGCCAGCUGCUGCUGCGCGUGCGCCGCCACCACCACCUUCCAUCCCUCCAAGACAGCAACCGGUGGAGCAGACAGAAGAGGAAUAUGAAGAGGAAGACGACGAGGAGACGCCAGCAGUCACCCCAGUCCGACUGGAGCAGUACCAAGGGCAGUUCCCCCUGUACCUGGAGGUCGACCUGCACCACCUCCCGUCCCCGCCGAAGGUACCACCAGUGCCGACGCCAGUCAGGCCGCCUCAAGCUGGCGAAGAGAAUGAGAGUGAAGCUACAGAGUAUGAAGGGGACUACGACACCGAUAUUGGCUCCUCGGUGCCUCACAAGGACGCACUCAAGGCACACUCGCGCGAGUCCAGCCAAGAGCUGCAGUCGCCUGUCGAUGUGCCUCCCCCGGCACCGCCUCAAGUGCCCUCGGCAGCGGCGCCGCGGGCAGUGCCACCGCCUGUCCCGACGCAACCCCCUCAGUCGCCGCCCAGCAUACGUCGCUCUGUGGAUGUCCCGCGAGCUGCUCCUCCGCCACCGCCUUCCAUGGAGGCUGCAUCGCCGGGAGCUAUGUCGAACGAGUUCUCAUCCUACAACUACUCCGCGCCGACGCCCACUCUACUGAGCAAGACACCGCGGAUCGAGGAGGAGACAUAUUUCACCGACCCACGGCAGGCCCAGCAGCCACCUGCGCAGUCGCCGCCGGCGGGACGAGCACCGCCGCCCCCAGCCCCCAGCGGACGGGGCCGUCAGUCGCUUGAUGUCGGAAGGAAAAGCAUGUCCGCGCGUCGGUCGACGGACCAGCAACGUCCUGCCGGCGAGUCGGGAUUCAUCGCGGACGACAUUGAUCUCGCGGUGCAGAGCGGCUGGUGGAAGCAGGCCGGCCAGGUCCCGCCUGUGCUGCAGGGCAGACGCGACAUUUUCUUUGAGUCAGACGAGUCGACCACGACAAACCAGGGGUCCAAGACGAUUGUCACGAGGGAAACAUGGGUUCUGUUCCAGGACUACUCUCAAACGAUCAUCACCGCCCGGUAUGAUCCUUAUGAUCCCUCGGAUGUAGAACUGGAUCAACGUCAUGAGCCCCCGCCGCGGCCAUUGCGUCAAGACGAGAUGGAGGACUUUUAUGAGCGGUUCGGUCUACCCAUUUCCACCGCCGCCAGCUCCAAGAAGGACAGUGUUGUUGGAGAUGGUACGCCCGUUGGGCUUGUGCUGGAGUUGCUGCGACCAUUCAAGGAUGCGCUCCGACCCAUUGGCAGCCGUGCAUUUGGCGCCCUCGUAUACUCUAACAUGGCCAAUGCCUCGACGCAACAAAACGACGUGAUCCGCCCCGGCGAUAUACUGUCAAUUCGCAACGCCAAGUUCCAAGGCAAGCAUGGGCCGAUGCACGCCAAGUACAGUGUCGAGGUGGGCAAGCCCGACCACGUGGCCAUUGUGGCCGAGUGGGACGGGACCAAGAAGAAGGUCCGCGCCUGGGAGCAGGGGCGUGAGAACAAGAAGGUGAAGAUGGAGAGUUUCAAGCUCGACGACCUCAGGAGCGGUGAGGUCAAGAUCUGGCGAGUAAUGCCCCGGAGCUGGGUCGGUUGGAACACGCAGGCCUAG